GCCCUCGCUGCUUACGGAGGCGCAUGUCACACCGGCAUACAAAGUGUCCUCGCGCCGCAUCUUCAUCCCGUCACGAAUACACACAUGGGUCUCGCGAGCCCCCCUGUCACAGCGCUCGUGAGAUAGCCUAUUCCUGUUUUUCUUGCUCUCGUGACUUGCAGCGGGGCACAUGAGAGCUUCUUACAUCUGUAUGGUCUGAAACAAAGACGUGUUUCUGCGAAAGAGAGAAAAAGAUAAGCUUCAGUGGUUACCGGACAGUGAGAUGCAGUGAGUGAGGGACUUGUCUGGCUCUUUUCACCUUGUGUGUCACUCAUGAGUCGGCUCGUCGACUCUUAUGAGGACCACAGAUAGUAAUAAUUAUAAGAACAAUGGAUAACUUUUUCACCGAGGGUUGUCGUGUGUGGCUCUGGGUGGAGGAUCAUUAUGUGCCCAGUACUGUGGACUCGUGCUCUGGUGGAGUGGUGGUCUUUAACACUGACUAUGGACAGGUGUACACCUAUAAACAGAAUGCGGUGAGCAGGCAGAGAGUGUACCCCAUGCACAGCAGCAGUAUCACUGGGGUCGAGGACAUGGCAACCCUACAGGACCUGCACGAUGGGGCCAUUCUGCACAACCUGCACCUGCGCUACACACAGAAGAGCAUAUAUACAUAUAUCGGCUCUAUUUUAGCAGCAGUAAACCCAUAUCAGUGUCUGUCUGAGCUGUAUGAUAUCACAACAGUGGAACGAUACAGUCGACAUCACCUGGGCGAGAUUCCACCUCACAUCUACGCCAUAGCUAACGAGUGCUACAGAUCACUGUGGAAGCGCUCAAGCAACCAGUGUGUGCUCAUUAGUGGGGAGAGUGGAGCAGGUAAAACAGAGAGCACAAAGAUGAUUCUGCGCUUUCUGUCUGCAAUGAGUCAGCAAAGUGUGGAGCUCUCAACAAGAAAGGCCGCAUCAUCUCAUGUAGAAGAGGCAAUUCUGGAGAGCAGUCCAAUAAUGGAGGCUUUUGGAAAUGCUAAAACGAUUCAUAAUAACAAUUCUAGUCGCUUUGGGAAAUUCAUCCAGCUUCAUUUCAGCCAGCACGGAAACAUCCAGGGAGGAAAGAUCACGGACUACCUACUAGAAAAGAAUCGAGUUGUGCGUCAGAAUCCUGGUGAAAGAAAUUAUCACAUAUUCUACGCUCUGCUGGCUGGAACCAGUGCGGAACAGAGGGAGGGGUUCUCACUCUCCCCACCAGAGAACUUUCACUAUCUGUGUCAGUCAGGAUGUGUGAAGGACAAAGCCAUUAAUGACACUGAGACUUUUCAGGAAGUGCUGAUUGCUCUGAGGACAAUGCAGUUUGGAGAAGAGAACAUCAAGGAGGUUUUGAGGCUCCUGUCUGGAAUUCUGCACAUGGGGAACAUUGAGUUUUUAACAGCAGGUGGAGCUCAGGUCUGCUCCAAAACAGCUCUGAGUAAAGCUGCAGAACUCUUGGGGUUGGAUUGUGCCCAGCUGGCUGAAGUUUUGACCCACAGAUCCAUGAUCCUCAGAGGAGAAGAGAUCAGCACACCUCUUACUGUUGAGCAGGCAGUGGACUCACGCGACUCCAUGGCGAUGGCCCUCUACUCUCAAUGCUUCACGUGGAUCAUUCGUAAAUUGAACAGCCGUAUCACUUGCAGUGAAGACUUUAGAUCCAUCGGCAUCCUGGACAUCUUCGGGUUUGAGAACUUUGAGGUGAACCGGUUCGAGCAGUUCAACAUUAACUAUGCAAAUGAGAAGCUGCAGGAGUAUUUUAAUAAGCACAUUUUCUCCCUGGAACAGCUGGAGUACAACAAAGAAGGGCUGAUCUGGGAUGAUGUCAACUGGAUGGACAAUGGAGAAUGCCUUGAUCUCAUAGAAAAGAAGUUGGGUUUGCUCGCUCUCAUCAAUGAGGAGAGUCAUUUUCCUAAAGGCACUGAUGACACACUGCUGGAGAAACUCCAUAGCCAACAUUCUAGGAAUCAGUUCUACAUUAAACCCCGUGUUGCAGUUCAUCAGUUUGGAAUCAAGCACUAUGCAGGAGAGGUUGUGUAUGAUGUCAGAGGAAUCUUGGAGAAGAACAGAGAUACUUUCAGAGAUGACAUUCUCAACUUACUCAGGGAGAGCAGGUUGGAUUUUGUAUAUGAUCUCUUUGAGCGAAUGAACACCUGGACAGGGCAGGACACAGUCAAGUGCAGCUCAAAGUAUCGCAGACCGACAGUUUGCUCUCAGUUUAAGAAUUCAUUGCACUCUCUGAUGUCCACGCUAAGUGCCUCCAAUCCAUUCUUUGUACGCUGCAUUAAACCCAACCACAACAAGAUGCCAGAUCGUUUUGAGCAGUCUGUUGUCCUCAACCAGCUGAGAUAUUCUGGGAUGUUGGAGACAGUUAAGAUCAGACGCUCUGGGUUUCCAGUUCGGAGAACAUUCAAGGAUUUCUGCUCAAGGUACAAUGUGUUGAUGAGGGACGGGGCUUCAUCAGAUGACCUCAAGGGGCGGUGCCUCCUCCUGCUGCAGCUCUAUGACAACAACAGUGCUGAAUGGCAGCUGGGAAAGACCAAGGUGUUCUUGAGGGAGAGUUUGGAGCUGCGGUUGGAGAAACAGAGAGAGAAGGAAGUGCUCAAAGCAGCUUCUAUUAUCCAAGCUCAUAUACUUGGCUUCAGAGCACGGAGGCAUUACAGGCGGCUGUUGCAGUGCAUUGUGGUAAUUCAGAAAAACUACCGUACAUUUUAUUGCCGGCGACGCUUUCUGAUGAUGCGCUGUGCCACCAUCACCUUACAGAAGAGACUUAGAGGUCAAAGGGCACGACGGCUUUUCACUCACCUUCUGGAGGAGAAGAGGAGGAGAGAGGAAGAGGAGAUGAGACAAAGAGCAGAACAGGAGGCACUAGAGAGAGAGAGACUGCGGCAGGAGUUGGAGCUCCUAGCACGAGCGGCAGAGGAGGCUCAAAGAUUGAAAGAGAUGCAAAAUGAAGAGAUUCAAAAUGUCUUACCUGAUACUGCCACACCAGACAGUAUUCCACCUGACAUUGUCCCAGCUGAGAGCGUCCCACCUGAGUGCAGCCUUGUAGAAGAGUGUUCACUGGCAGAGCAGGUGUUUGACCAGGAGUUUGUGAGCGAAGCAAAUCAGGCAUCACAAGUGGAGGAGAUCUUGCGUUUGGAGCGUGAGAUUGAAGGUCUGCGGCGGCAGAAGGAGGCUCAGGAGCAGAGUCUGACUGGGCAGUCGUUGCAGCGUCUGCAGUGGUUACGUGAUCAUGAGCUGCGCAGGCUGGAAGAGGAGGCCUGCAAGGCUGCGCAACAGUUCCUCACCUCCCUCAACUUCGACGAGAUUGAUGAAUGCGUACGCAACAUCGAGACCUCUUUGGGGGGGCCUGGCAGCUCACAGCAGGGGGGAGACAGAGGUGAGGAUGAGGAGGAAGUAGACGAAGGCCUCGGGGUGGAGGAAGACGGAUUUAAAGACUCACCAAACCCCAGCGAGCACGGCCACUCUGAUGGGCAGCGUACCAGUGGAAUACGCACCAGUGAUGAUUCCUCGGAAGAAGAUCCUUAUGCUAAUGAUUGUAUGCCUCCACCCCUGAUCCCGCUCACCAUCAUACCCUCAGCCUAUCACGGUCCACCCUUCAGCAGCAGCUCACAUGUGGUUCAGGAGGAGGAAGCGGAGCUAAUCCCACCGGAUGAAGACUCUGAUUUUGAUGCAGAUGAUUAUGAUGAGGGUGGCAUCAUCAUGCGACCUCCCAGCCUCCCACCCCACAAUGACCUUUGGUCUCAUGACCACCGCAGCUCCUUUGCGACCAGCACCAGUGUCAGCUCAGGGACGUACCGCUUCAGCUCAGAGGGGCAACAGUCUUCAUUUGAGGACAGUGAAGAUGACUUUGAUAGGUUUGACACAGACGAUGAAUCAUCUUACCGGAGAGAUUCUGUUUAUAGCUGUGUUACUCUCCCCUACUUUCACAGUUUCCUUUAUAUUAAAGGUGGCCUGUUGAAUUCUUGGAAGCGUCGCUGGUGUGUGUUGAAGGAUGAAACCUUUCUGUGGUUUCGCAGCAGACAGGAGGCUCUCAAACAGGGCUGGCUGCUCAAGAAAGGUGGAGGCUCCUCUACUCUCUCUCGUCGCAACUGGAGACGCCGCUGGUUCGUCCUACGACAGAGCAAACUAAUUUACUACGAGAAUGAUACAGAAGAGCGGAUGAAAGGCAUGCUGGACAUGCACGAAACCAAAGAGAUUAUUGAUUUAACAGGAAAGGAGAAUGGAAUUGACAUUAUAAUGCCUGGGAGAACAUACCACCUUAUUGCAGAAACGGCAGAAGAUGCCAGUCAUUGGUUCAGCAUGUUGAGUCAGGUGCAAACGUCAACUGAACAGGAAAUACGAGAGAUGCAUGAUGAACAAGCAAAUCCUCAUAAUGCUGUGGGCACAUUGGAUGUGGGGAUGAUUGACUCUGUAUGUGCCUCUGACAACCCAGAAAGGCCAAACUCUUUUGUGAUAAUUACAGCUCAUCGACUGCUGCACUGCAUGGCAGAAUCAGCAGAAGAAAUGCAUCACUGGAUUACACUUUUGCAGCGCACUAAAGGAGACACACGUGUACAGGGACAAGAGUUUAUUGUCAGGGGUUGGCUGUAUAAAGAGAUUCGAGGCAGCAGUCGUGGCAAUCUUAAAUUGAAGAAGCGUUGGUUUGUGCUGACUCAUAAUUCUGUAGAUUAUUAUAAAAGCUCGGAAAGAAAUGCUCUGAAAAUGGGUUCUUUAGUGCUUAACAGCCUCUGCUCUGUAAUUGUUCCUGACGAAAGAGUCUUCAAGGAGACCGGCUACUGGAAUGUAAGCGUAUUUGGUCGUAAGCAUUCAUACAGGCUGUAUUCUAAGCUGCAGACAGAAGCUAGUCGAUGGGCCAGUGCUGUACAGACCGUCAUCGACAGCAAACCACUCAUGGACACACACACACAGCAACUUAUACAGGACAUUAAGGAGAACUGUCUGAAUUCAGAGGUGGUGGAGCAAAUCUACAAGAGGAACCCAAUACUGCGUUAUACACGCCACCCUCUACAUACUGCACUGUUGCCCUUACCCUAUGGAGACACACAGCAUAGCUCUGACAAAGGGAGAAGCUACAGCUCACUGCAGGCUGAAGCCCUGAAGCUCUUCAGUGUUCUUCAUCAGUUGGAGGGAGAGGCUAAUCCCAUACCACACAUUCAGAGUCUCAUACAGACAGUUCAUGACCUCAGACCCUUGAGAGAUGAACUCUUCUGCCAGCUUAUCAAGCAGACUGCACACCCCCCAAAACCUGCUGGGCCUGCCCAUAUCAGUGGCUGGCAAAUCAUGGCUUGCAUGUGCUGCACGUUUAGUCCCGCCUCUAGAAGCAUCCUUAAAUACCUGAAAUUCCACAUGAAGAGGACACGAGAGCUGUACCCAGGCACAGAGAUGGAUCGGUAUGCUACAUUUUCCCAAGACGCCUUGCGCCGUGUGCAUGGACGUGAGUACGUUCCUUCUCAGGAGGAGUUGAGGGCCAUUCUCAGCAGACAGGAAAUUACAUCAGUAGUCUACUGUCAUGGUGGAGGCUCUUGUAAAAUCACCAUUAACUCACAUACAACUGCAGGAGAGGUGGUUGAGAAGCUACUGAAAGGUCUCUCCAUGGAGAAUUGUAGGAACAUGUUCGCUCUGUUUGAAUAUAAUGACACCACAGAGAGAGCCAUAGAGAGCAAGACUGUGGUGGCUGACAUCCUCGCCAAGUUUGAGAAGUUGGCAAAUAAAGGACAGGAAGGAGAGGGAUGGAAGUUCUAUUUUAAACUUUUUUGCUUCUUAGAACCCGAGAAUGUUCCUACCGACAGUGUGGAGUUUGCAUUCAUGUUCGAGCAGGCUCAUGAAGCUGUCAUCAGGUGUCAGUAUCCAGCCCCAGAAGAGACUCUACAGUUCCUGGCUGCUCUUCGGCUUCAGUAUCUAUUAGGAGACUACACUACCCAUAGUCCCAUGCCCGAGUUGGAGCAGGUGUUCCCGAUGGCCCGUCUGCGUGCUAGAGUCCAGCAGUCUGCACGGUGCUUUGCAUCUGGCAACAGCAGUUCCACUCCUUCCACAGAAAGGAAAAGGGGUAGUUUCUUGGAGGGCACGCUGAGACGGAGCUUCCGAGGGUCACUGGGGCGACAACGCUCGGAGGAGGGGCCUGCAUCCAUAGAGGCUUGGUUUCAAGAUGAGAAGGCGGGGCUGAGGAGUUGUUUGGUUGAGAAAUGGCGUAAGCUGCAGGGUAUGGAACAGGACCAGGCCAUGAACAAAUACAUGAGUCUCAUCAAAGAAUGGCAGGGAUAUGGCUCCACCCUCUUUGAUGUAGAGUGUGCAGAUGGUGUGUAUCCAGGAGAGCUGUGGUUGGGCGUGAGUCGCAAUGGUGUGUGUGUAUACAAGCGUGGGGAGGCAUGGCCUCUGGAGGCGUUUCCAUUUGAGGUCAUUCUGUCCUUUGGUGCUCCGCAGCCCAGCAUCUACAAGAUCAGUGUGGAGGGACGUGAGCUGCUCUUCAACACCAACAUGGUGAUGGACAUUGCAAAGCUCAUGAAGGCUUACAUCAGUCUAAUUGUGAAAAAACGCUUCAGCACUUGUCAAUCCAUCAGCAGCCAUGACAGCAACUGGUGAUCUCUCAUCCCUGACCUUUAAUACCACCACCAGCAGCAUGUUUGUUAAACACACAAAACCUAUAUGUAAAUGCGCCAUUGAGGUAAAAUGCCAACAAACAAAACAGAUUAAUUACAAAAAAAUGAGUGACCCUUAAAUGCUAAGUGCAAAAGAAUCAUGUGUGUUAACCAAAGACAAUUUCAUGACACUUUCAUAAAAGACACUAUCAUGUCCCCACAUGCACACACAUUGAGAUAGUUGUGCUUGAAAUUGUGCCAUGCAUUCAGGUCUUUCCACUGAGGCCUUGUGUUGCUUUAAUAUUCCUAAUAUGUUGUAGUAACUUUAUGAAGUCCAGUCACAUUUCUUUGGAAUUCUGCAGGCAGAAACUCCAGCCAAAAAUAAAGUAGUGCCUUUCAACACACAAAUAUACACACCCAUAUGCAAACACACACACACACAGAGUGCCCUAUAUGUCUGUUUUAUAUGUGACAGUGAAUAUGUGCAAUGUUUAUAUUGUAUGUUAUAUAUUUCUGAGGAGCUGUAUAUUUUAUAAAUCUUUUCUGUGUAACUGCAGGACUGUGAUAAUACUAUUGGAUUUAUCCAAAAUUCCCUCUGAUUAUUUUUCUACUCUAAGCCUAUAAAACAUGAAAACAACAGGAAAAUCUUUCUCAUUUUGUAGCUUUACUGUGUAUUAGUUUAUAGGCAAUAAAUGGAACAACAUUUCAAAAGUCUCUUAAAUUCAUUAAA